AUGUCCUCGAAUGUAAAUUUGAUUAUUGGUAAAACGAGAUCAGCAUCAACCAAGAGUAAACAAUCCAGAAAAAAAUUGCCACCACGUACAGGAACUAAACGUAAAACACCUGUCCGUAGGCCAAAAAAAUCAACGAAAAAUCCAGCCAUAAAUAAACAUCGAAAACGUUUAUCAAGAGGUAAGCGAAAACGUACAAGAACCACUGGAAAAGUAAAAACAUCAAAAAAGUCAAAAAAGUCUAGACCAGCAUUGAAACGAAAACGUGGUAAAAGCGAUGGUAGAUCACCAAAACGUGGUAAAAGCAAUGGUAGAUCACCAAAACGUGCUGGUGUUAGAAAAACACGGAAAAACAGAAGACAUAUUCCUAAACCGAAAGCAACAGCAAAUAAAAAUAAUUUGAAUGUCUUUGAUAUACGGAAACCGGUGAAACAAGUACUAAAGAAGCGCGCACAAAAACAGAUUAAAUCGACUGAAAAACAACAUAAGGCAGAAGAAAUACCCAUGAUCAAAGCGUCAGAAGUCAAACUAGGAAAAGAACUGGGCAAAGGUGGUUUUGGUAAAGUAGUCAAAGGUACAUACAAAGGUCGUGUAGUUGCUGUCAAAAUUCCAUUGCGUAAAGAAGACUUUGCUGAAGCUUUGAUUGAGUUCGGUGAAUUGCGUAAUUUUCUUCAUCGAAACGUUGUAGAAGCAAUCGCAUAUUGUGAAGAUCCUCCAAUGUUUAUCAUGGAGUUCAUGGGUGGAAAUACGCUCUAUUCGUGGUUACACGAUUCAAAUAAACACACGCCAAUGAAUUGGUAUCAGGGUGUUUCGUUAUUGUUGGACACAGCACGUGGCGUCAGAUUGUUGCACGAUGCCGGUUCGAUACACGGAGAUUUAUCAACGAAUAACGUGUUGUUAACGGAUGAUCAUACAACAGCAAAAAUUAGCGAUUUUGGUACAGUGCAAGUGAUUGAAAAAUAUAUAAAUGCGAGUUUAGCCGGUCAAGUAGACGAAGCCGUAGGUGCAUUUCGAUGGAUGGCUCCGCAGCGUUUACGCUUUUCUAAACCAGACGCAUACAGUGACGUGUGGUCAUUUGGUUGUAUCAUAAUGGAAUUUAUUACCAAGCCUCGGCGUAUCCCGUUCUAUGAGGCUGAUACAACGAUAUUGAUGAGUAAACUAGAACAGUAUACAAAAGGUGACAUUCGCGAUUUGGGUAUACCAUUGGGUGAAUUUGAUCCUACAGCACCCGAAAAGUUGGCUGAGGUGAUGUAUCGAUGUUUGAAAGCACAGCGAAUUGAUCGACUCGAUUAUAGAGAAAUUGUCGAAAUUCUGCAGGAAAUUUUAGAAAAUAUCAAGGAUAAUGGUAAGAAAACAACUGCAAGCGGCAAGGGUGGUGUCAUCGAUAAAAGUAAAUGGAGAUGA